AUGGAGAAAGGAGAGAUGAAGCAUGAUCUGAUUAAAUGUUCUUUGUUUGCUAUGACGUUACGGUAAGACUUUCCUGUAGCCCUUAUUUAUACAUUCAUAAAGCCUUUAUAACAGCUACAUAAGACAUUAUAACAUCAGUCAUAGGCAGUCAUAAAUAUUUAAAGUAACAGUAGCCACCACUAACAAAUUAAUUAUAUAUUUUCUAUGGUAUUUUCAGGUAAGAAUAACAGCCAUGUUUUCAUUUAGAGUAAGAAGAACUGGUCUGAAGCUCAGAGUUACUGCAGUGAGUCCCACACAGACCUGGCCAGUGUAAGGAACCAGACUGGAGAUACAGAAGAUGGUGUCUGAGGGUAGUACAGUGUGGAUCGGCCUGUUCAGAGACUCCUGGUGGUCUUCACAACCCACUAAUGAUAACAACGAUCAGCGCUGUGUUUACAUUCAAGAGAGGAAAUGGAAUGAUUGGAGAUGCCCGGCCCGGCCAAACAUUUUCAGACUAA